AUGGAAAGUGACAGUUUAGUGAAAAUAUGCUCUUCAGCGUUCAGUGUAGAAGACAUCGAGAAGGCUAAAUCUUUACUUUUUCACUCUAUUUCGACAGAACUGCGCAAUAUCAAACGCAAGACAAAGAGCAAGGAGGGGAAAAGUAGCAAGGAUUUGUUUGACAUCAUCAAUGUUUUUAAAGUAACGGACAGUGAGAAGUUACCCGUGUUCGUGGCCUGUGACCUAAAUAAGCUUCCUCCGAUAACCUGGGAUCACCUGGAUGUGUCAAGAUUUCUUAAGGACAUCACGGUGCUUAAACAGGAUUUGGAAAUCAUAAAGGAUACGUAUGCUUCCAAAUUACUCGUACAACAGAUGAAACAAGAAUUAAUGUGCAACAGAUACGACACAGUGGUAAACGAUAGUCAUCAAGAAGUGGAUUUUAAUUUUUCGCAAAAAGCCAACAUUAAUAACCGCCGAGGGGCGCAUAACGUGCAUUUAAAUUUGAAUAGUGGACCAAUAGGCCUUCCACCGCACUUGUCAUUUCGGUCUGGUACGGAAAACGAUGAGGCGAGUCACCGUGCGGGCGAUACCGGUUGCGUCGAGUUGCCGUCUCGCUCGCGCGUACGUACAAGCUCCGUAGCAUCUGCUUCAUCGGCCGAAGUGCUCCGCGAUCAGCGCGAAGCCAAUACUGCGCUUUCUGUAUCGGCAGCGCUUGCGCAGCCGAAUGACGUUUCGGAUCAUGCUACUGUCGCGAGUCACUUAGGUCGAGAAUCAUCAUCUGGAAGCGGGGAGCUGAGUGGGCAUUCAUCGUUAAAGAAUGUUUCUAAGGCGCAGGAUAAAUCUUUUGUAGACGUACUUUUGGCACCGGGGGAGUGGAAGCGAGAAGAAACGAACUCUGAGUGGGUUACUGUGCAGAAAAAGCGCUACAAGAACCGGUUUAUUGGCGAUAAAGGAACGGCUACAACAAACACCAAUUGCAAUUUUAGAGCAGCCGAGCCCAGGAUUCCGUUGUUUAUAAACAAUGUUGACAGGAGUACGUUGCCGGGGGACAUUGUUGAUUACAUUCGGGAAAAAACAAAUAUUAAAGUCACACUUGUAAAAGUAUCUAUGAAGCAAGAUAAGGACUAUGAUGCUUACAAGAUGUUUGUGCCUAGGCAAAGUCUGGACAUUUUUAUGAAUGAAGCGCUAUGGCCUAAGAAUAUUUCAUUCAGGCGUUUCAUUCAUUUUAAAAAUAGGCAGAUAGACUCAGCUGUUUAG